AUGAUGUUUUUCAGUACAAAUUGUCCAAAGAAGGUGAAGGAUCCUCUCAUUAAGAAAAAUAACACAUAUACAGCUGCAGCUACAAGCUACACCCCUAAUAUUGCAAGGGACCCUGGGCUGGCAACCAUUGCUAAAAGUGCAACAAUAGAGCCCAAAGAAGUUAAACCAGAAACAAAACCUGCAGAACCCAAGAAAACUUUUAACAGCGUCAGCAAAAUUGAUCGACUAUCAAGAAUAGCCUUCCCACUGCUUUUUGGAAUCUUUAAUUUAGUCUAUUGGGCCACUUAUUUAAACCGGGAGCCCCAGUUAAAAGCCCCAACUCCAGAGCAAUGA